UGCACCGCCUCUUUCUCUGCCGCCUUGCUCAAUGCCAUUGACGAUGUUCAACCCUCUUUCACUCGCGAGCGCGCGGCCUGUCCUUGCCCAUGGAGCCCGGGGGCAUGCCCUUCGUUACCACAAGCGCACGCUCAUCACGCUCAAGGAUCACAAGUACACCGCCCACGCUACUGCGCGGGGCCAGGGCAGGAAUGGACAAGUCAAGUCCGAUGACGACCACGGACUCGAUCUGCGCCUCGCAAUGCCUAAAUCGCUCGGGGGUAAAGGCGAUGGGCAGAACCCCGAAAUGCUUUUUGCAAUGGGAUAUGCUGCCUGUUUUCUGAGCGCGAUGCAGCUCGUGGCAGGCAAGCUAGGCAAAGCGGAAAUGGCGAAGAACGCGGUGGUGCACACGCAGGUGCACGUUGGGGAGCCGAAGGAGAUGGAAGGAUUUGGGCUCGAGGUUGCGAUCCAGGUUGAGGGGGUGGAUGAGGAGCUCAUCAAGGCUGGGCAUGAGGCAUGCCCGUACAGUCGCGCGUUGAGCAAGGGCGUCGUUGUGAAAGUCUCGAAGGCGUAGAAUCUGUAUCGGCGGGCCCGGGUCUCUAGCGGUAUCGAACCUAGUCCCUCACUACUGCGGCAUUCGCGGCGGGAAGCGACGCAACGGUGUAUUGGUCGUGUCAGCCACCGUAUUCCUGGGAUGUGGCGGGGCUGAACGAUAUGCAAGCCGGUGUGUGGUGGGUACAUGCGGCCCCGAGCACCACAGUGGUGCCAGGCUGUGCCAGGCAGGGGGUGCCGCGCCCUCUUCUUGGUUGCGUUGUGGCGCGCACGGACGCCUUCUUGCCCGAUUGGGGAGCGCGCCAGUCACAAGGCGUGACCCAGGCGUGACUUCCCCGAUAUGAUCGUCGGGUCGCCGCCAAGAGGUUGUAGCCUGGAAGCUUUCGCGACGACUGGCCGGUGCUGAUUGGCUGUGCGGUCUGUGUUGCGCUCCAAUCUGUGCGUCACCGUCCAGGUCAUGGCCCUCGUAAGGAUGAGG